AGGAAUAUAUGUCAACUAGAAUAUUUAUUGUCCGGUACAAAGGUUGCGAGCAGCGAGCAUAUCACCUUCUUCUCCGCGGCGGACACUGACGCGAGGACCGCCCUCUCUCGCACUCAAACGUAGUUUAUUUGACAGUGGGAAAUGGAGAAGAAAGAGGAGGUGGGAGAGCAGGUUGUGAACCCUUGGGAGGUGUCGGCCAAGGAGGGAGGCAAGAUCGACUACGACAAGCUCAUCGACAAGUUUGGCUGCCAAAGGCUCGACCAAGCCCUCAUCGAUCGUGUCCAACGUCUCACCUCUCGCCCUCCUCACGUCUUCAUCCGCCGCGGCGUCUUCUUCGCUCACCGGGACUUCAAUGAGGUUUUGGAUGCCUAUGAGCGAGGAGAGAAGUUCUACCUGUAUACCGGGAGAGGACCGUCGUCCGAAGCUUUGCAUUUGGGGCAUUUGGUCCCUUUCAUGUUCACCAAGUAUCUGCAGGAUGCGUUUAAAGUUCCACUGGUUAUUCAACUUACAGAUGAUGAAAAGUGCAUGUGGAAGAAUCUUUCUGUGGAGGAGAGCCAAAGACUUGCACGUGAGAAUGCUAAAGACAUCAUUGCCUGUGGGUUUGACAUUUCGAAAACCUUCAUUUUCUCAGAUUUUGAUUAUGUUGGUGGUGCCUUCUACAAGAACAUGGUGAAGGUUGCAAAAUGUGUCACAUUCAAUAAGGUUGUGGGAAUCUUUGGUUUCACGGGUGAAGAUCAUAUUGGAAAAAUAAGUUUUCCACCUGUUCAGGCAGUUCCAUCCUUUCCUAGUUCUUUUCCUCACCUCUUCUCUGGAAAAGAUGGUCUCCGUUGCUUGAUUCCUUGUGCAAUUGACCAGGAUCCUUACUUCAGAAUGACACGUGAUGUUGCCCCUCGGAUAGGAUAUCACAAGCCUGCAUUGAUAGAGUCAUCAUUCUUCCCAGCCCUUCAGGGAGAAACUGGAAAAAUGUCUGCUAGUGAUCCAAAUUCUGCUAUAUAUGUGACUGAUUCUGGGAAGGACAUUAAGAACAAGAUAAACAAGUAUGCAUUCUCUGGUGGACAAGACUCUAUAGAGAGUCAUAGAAAAUAUGGAGCAAAUCUUGAGGUAGAUAUACCAAUUAAAUACCUUGGUUUUUUCCUAGAGGAUGAUGUGGAGCUUGAGCACAUAAAAAGGGAAUAUGGUGCAGGGCGUAUGCUAACUGGUGAGGUGAAGAAGCGCCUUACAGAAGUUUUGACAGAGAUUGUGGAAAGGCAUCGCAGAGCUCGUGCUGCAGUGACUGAAGAGAUGGUGGAUGCAUUCAUGGCAGUCAGACCUCUUCCCACUAUGUUCUUCUAGGCGAGAAGAUUAAGACUAUCAUUCAUGUUGUCUGGAAAUUUACAGCUGGAGCAGCCUCUCUUCUCACAUAUUUCUCCUUCUGAAAUGUGUAAGAAUAUACAUUUACAAUUUUGUUACAUUCUUAUCAUUUUGUGCUCUGGAAGCAAGUGUUAGUGAAAGUAUAUGAUGCAGUCAUGGGGCCGUUUAAGAAUUUAUUUUUCCAUUACAGAUACUAAUCAUUUUAAAUUUACAAGUGGUGUGGACGAAGCUUCAUGUAAAUCAAUGUGAGGGGUAGUGCUUAUACGAAUUUUACUUUUCUGAUGUAACAUUUGCAUGCUUUGUAAUGGAAGUUUAGUGUUCGUAGGAAUCUUACUUCUCUGAUGCAACAUUUGCUUGCUCUGUAAUGGAAAUUCUAUUCUUCCAUGAAUAUUCAUGAUCCUCAUUUUUUUUGUUGUGGGGAAGCCAUAUUAUAUAUUAAUGAAUCAUUCCGAGUUAGUUUGGUCA